AUGCUCUCGCGGAUUGAUCGCGUGGAGCUGUACAACUUUAAGAGUUACGCCGGCAACGUGACAAUCGGCCCCCUGAAGGACUUUACCUGCAUCGUGGGGCCCAAUGGCGCUGGCAAGUCAAACUUUAUGGACGCACUGGGCUUUGUGCUGAGUCCCAGUGCCGCAACCACGCUGCGUGGAAAGGGCACAGCGGACCUCAUUUAUCGCGGCGCACAGCCGAAGGAGUGCGCCGUGACCGCCGUGCUGUGCUGCACAACACCGGCAUCGUCAUCAGCGGCAGCGACAGGGCAGGGUCAGGACACUGAGGUCUCCUUCACUCGGGCAGUGGACCAACGCGGUAAAAUUGCUCAUAAGAUUAACGGUGCCCCCGUGGAGGAGCGGAAAUACUUUGCGGCGCUUGCAAAGUUCAAGGUGGGAGCCCGCGUGAAUAACUUCUUGGUGUUUCAGCACGAGGUGGAAGCGAUAGCGCAAAAAAAGGCGCGGGAGUUGACAGAUCUGCUGGAACAGGUCAGCGGAAGUGGGGAACUAAAAGAGGAGUACGACCGCUGCAAGAAAGCUCAUGAGGUGGCGAAUCAGGAGCUGACGGCGGCCUCAGCUGCCAAGCGGGAUGCAGUGGUGGCUCUGAACCAAAUGCGGCUCCAGAAGAAGGAGGCAGAAAAGUAUGAGGAAGUUUUGAGACGUAUUAGCGAGGAAAGGCGUAAUGAGGCACUGGUGCAGUUGUUUUACGUCGAGUCCAGUUUGGAGAGGCAGAAGUGGGAGCUGCAAGCCUUCAAUGAAAAACUCACCACCCUUGAGAAGAGCAUAGCCUCCGAUGAGGACAUACGCAGGAUGAAGCGGGAGUACGCCGGAAAGCACAAGGUGUACUUGGAGGAACUUAAGCGGGGCCGCAGAGAGGCGGAUGCGCUGAGAGAAAAACAUAAUACGCUGGAACACAUUAAGGCCUCCCUGAACCACUUGAGGCGUAAGCAAGAAGUGAAGCAGCAGGAGUUGGAGGGUGUGAUGAAAACGCAAAGAGUGCAAUCGCAUGAGGUUCAACGCCUCGAGGAACAGUUGCAGAAGCAGAGGGGAAUCCUACAGGCUUUUGACGAGAGGUGCAGGAAGGAGGAUGCGGAGCACACGACACUAAGUGGAUCACUGAGUGCUGAGCAACUUUCAGAGUAUCGUCAGCUUCGCAAGGAGGCAGAGUGUGAAACAGUGGUGCUGCGACAGCAACUGGAGAGAAUCAAACGGCAGCAGCAAUCAUUGGCCGAAGGUCAGAAGCAGUGCACAAUUGCCACAGAGAACGUCAAGUCUCAGAGGCAGGAUCUUCAACAAGGAGUGCAACGCGGCAACGACCGUGUGGCAGAGUUGCAACGCCGUAUGAGAGAUCUUCAGGACACCGUUGAGGAGCUUACACACAAUAUCGGUCAAAAACGGGCGGAUCUUUUACAGACAGAAAAAAGGACUAAAGAGCGUGAGGUUGAGCUGGCUAUGAUUCAAGAGCAGUUACACGAACUUCGUUUUAUUAAAGAAAAUGACAAGCAUGGCUCGCGAAUGACCGGCGCGUUGCAGGCACUACGUGCUCUUUAUGGCAUUCGUGGACGUCUUGUGGAUCUUUGCACCAUUCCCAACGAUAAAUAUAGACAUGCGGUGACAGUGGCAUUGGGCAGGAAUCUUGAAGCGGUGGUUGUGGAUACUACCGAAACGGCCAUUUCCUGUGUGCGUUAUCUAAAGGAGCAGCGCCUACCACCCAUGACGUUUCUUCCUCUGGAUUCUGUGCAAGGUAGGGAAGCAAAUGAUCGUCUGAGAACGUUUGGUGGGACUUGUAAGCCUGUUGUGGAUGUGAUCCGUUACGACACGGUCAUUGAGCCUGCGGUACAGUAUGCGUUGGGACAGACGCUUGUGUGCGAUGGGAUGAUGGAGGCGAGACGCGUCGCAUACGGCAGCGAAGACGGGGAACGUUUUAAGGUGGUGACCCUGGACGGCUCCGUUCUCAUGCGAAAUGGUGCGGUUCAGGGUGGUCUUGCGUCGAUUCAGUCACGUGCGCGGAAGUGGGAUGAGAAGAAGUACGAGGAUCUGCGCGCUGCACGGGACCGGUUGUUAAGUGAAUUGGCUGGGGGAUCGGAGGUCAACAUGGCACGCGCGCAGUGCGAACUCCGCGACACGGAGGCACGGUUGGAGUUUGUGCACGGCCGCAUCAAAGCGGUUGGGGCAGAGUUGCAGGCAACGGAGCAAAAGGUUUCGAACAUGAAUCGGGAGAUGGAAAAGCAGAAAAGUGAGCAACACACAAUCGAGAGGCGUUACACUACGUAUGAGUCCGAACUCAGACGCUGCCUACACGAGUUACAAGAGACACGCGGAUCCAUCUUGCACGUUGAGCAGCGCAUCUUCUCGGAAUUUAUUAAGCGGGUGAAAAUUCCAAACCUUUUGGAGCUUGAGAGUCAUGAGGCUCAACGAGUGAGGGAAAGGGCUGAAGAACGGCAGCAAAUUCAGCUGUUGCUUCACAAACUGGAGAUUUCCCUUGAGGCGGAGCGGAAGCGCAUUGGAGUGCAAUCAAUUGAUGAGCUUCGAGGGGUUUGUGAGCGUAUUGAAAACGAAAUCCGGCGAUGCGAGAAGGACUUGGCGACCUACAGUGAGAUUGUCCGCACCACAGAGAAGAAGCAAAGUGAGGCAAGGGUCGGUUUAAGUGAAGCGAAGGUGCAGCUUGACGCACUAGAGGCAAAUAUUCGUCAGCAAAGUCGCACCUCCGAGCAAGAGCUUGGCAAGUUGGCACAGGCGCGACGAGGAGUUACGGCUCUUCAAGCCGCUUGCGACACACUUCGCCUACAACGCAUGAGUAUUAUGCGGCGGUGCCAAAUGGAGGGAAUUACUUUGCCGUUAAAACCUGUUGAAGUUGUCGGCGCCAAGCGGUCACGGCUUGUAAACAGCGAUGAGUUAAGUCAGAGUGAGCCCUUUACAUUGUUGGAGGAGGCUUCAGUUACUGCGCCAACCAAGCAAUUGCAGUCCUCCCACUCUCGCCCGCCUGCGGCGACAGGGGAAACACAGGUCAUGGUGGACUUCUCAGGGCUUACAGAAACUCUACGAAAGGCGGCGUCGGACAAGACACACCUUGCGGGGUACAAACAACGCACAGAGGCGUUACUGGAAAAUUUGCAGCGUGCUGCAGAAUCGCUCGUCCCCAGCCUUAAGGCGGCAUCGCGGUUUGUUGGAUCUGAGGAUAAGCUGACCACCUCUUCCGCCCAUCUUGAGGAGGUCCGAGAACGAGCCAGCAAGGCGUACUCGGAGUUUGCGAAGGUCAAGGAGCUCCGGACACAGCGCUUUAUGGAAACCUUUGAAAGAAUUGCGGAAAACGUGGACCGUGUAUACCGUGAGCUCACUCUGAGUACCCGGGCGCAUGCGGUGCAUGGUUCCGCGUACUUGAGUCUGGAGGAUGUGGAAGAGCCGUACCUGGCGGGGACGAGGUACCAUGCGACACCGCCACUUAAGCGAUACAUGCCAAUGGAGCUGCUCUCCGGCGGGGAACGCACCAUGGCAGCUCUCGCUCUCAUAUUUGCCGUGCAUGCGGUUUCACCAACACCAUUUUUUGUCCUGGAUGAGGUGGACGCCGCUCUGGACGCUGGAAAUGUUGAAAAGUUGGCCAACUACAUGCGGAAGAACUGCAAUACGACGCAGUUUCUUGUCAUCUCGCUAAAGGACCAGCUCUACCACGUUGCGGACAUGCUUGUGGGAGUUCUGAAGAACAAACAAAAGGAAAGUUCUUCAGUUCUGACAAUGGACCUGCGCGGCUACCCCUUUUGA